AGCGUGGCCAGCUCACCGCACACAAGACGGCCAAGAGAAAGCCGAGCAAAACAAGACACGACGAAGAAAAUACCCCUCUCCUCCCCUGCGGUCUUCCCCCGUCCGUCUUCCUUCCCCCUCCAAUCAACCCGGUCUCUCUCCCCCCGCGGGAUCUCUCCCGCCGCUCCUCAAUCCGUGGAUUGAUCGAUUCUUUUGUCGAAGUUCUUCUUCUCCUUGACCACAGGACUUCUUGGUACCCAAUUAAGGUGCGUUCCAAAAGCAUUUCCGGUUUAGGAUGAGCUUCCGGGAUCAGGAGAGCGGCGGGGAGGAUGGGGCACGGUCGUCCUCGGCGUCGGAUUUGCGGAAGCCGCUCAUCAACACCGGUAGCUGGUACCGGAUGCCAGUGGCGGGGGGCAUGGGCUCGCGGCAAUCUAGUCUGAUGGAGCGGCUAGGCUCCUCCGCUUACUCGCUCCGCGACGCCUCGGUUUCCGCCGUGCUCUGCACGCUCAUCGUGGCGCUCGGCCCCAUCCAAUUCGGCUUCACCUGUGGCUAUUCUUCGCCCACCCAAGAUGCCAUCAUCUCCGACCUCGGGCUAUCCCUCUCCGAGUUCUCCUUGUUUGGGUCUUUGUCGAAUGUCGGGGCCAUGGUGGGCGCCAUCGCCAGCGGCCAGAUCGCGGAGUACAUCGGCCGCAAGGGGUCUCUCAUGAUUGCCGCAGUUCCAAACAUUAUUGGGUGGCUAGCGAUAUCAUUUGCAAAAGACUCCUCCUUUUUGUUUAUGGGCCGGUUGCUUGAAGGAUUUGGAGUUGGUGUAAUAUCCUACACAGUACCUGUUUAUAUAGCAGAAAUUGCUCCGCAGGACAUGAGGGGAGCUCUUGGUGCUGUCAAUCAGCUCUCUGUAACAAUUGGUAUAUUGCUGGCAUACUUGUUUGGCAUGUUUGUUCCCUGGAGAGUUCUCGCUGUUUUCGGCAUAUUACCUUGUUCAAUCCUGAUACCUGGAUUAUUUUUUGUCCCCGAAUCUCCAAGGUGGCUGGCAAAAAUGGGGAAGACAGAAGAUUUUGAAUAUUCACUGCAAGUCCUGCGAGGAUUUCAGACUGACAUCACAGCAGAAGUAAAUGAAAUUAAGAGAUCAGUAGCAUCAUCAAGGAGGAGGACAACAAUACGGUUCGCAGAUAUCAAGCAUAAGAGAUAUAGUGUUCCUCUUAUGAUAGGAAUCGGUCUACUCGUACUGCAGCAACUAAGUGGUGUCAAUGGUAUUCUAUUUUACGCUGGAAGUAUCUUCAAAGCUGCUGGUAUCACAAACAGUAAUCUAGCAACAUUUGGUUUGGGGGUUGUUCAGGUAGUUGCUACUGGAGUUACAACCUGGUUAACAGACAAAGCUGGUCGACGGCUUCUUCUCAUUAUCUCUACUACAGGGAUGACCAUUACUCUUGCUGUUGUUUCUGUGUCAUUUUUUGUGAAGGACAACGUAACUAAUGGUUCUCAUUUAUACUCUGUAAUGAGUAUGCUUUCGCUGGCUGGACUUGUGGCAUUUGUGAUUUCAUUUUCUCUUGGCUUGGGAGCCAUUCCCUGGAUCAUAAUGUCUGAGAUUCUUCCUGUUAAUAUUAAGAGCCUUGCUGGAAGUGUUGCAACCCUCGCAAACUGGUUGACAGCAUGGAUCGUUACUAUGACCGCGAGCUUGAUGCUGAACUGGAGCAAUGGAGGAACCUUCGCAUUCUAUGCUGCGGUGAGUACCAUGACCCUCAUUUUUGUGUGCUUGUGGGUGCCGGAGACCAAGGGAAGAACCCUCGAGGAAAUCGCAUUUUCCUUCCGCUGAGGCCACAGGUUCAGGUCAAACGGUAGGCAUCAGGAUCAAAUUCUGGGAACCAUUUCGACGCUCGUUUGAGCUCCAACGGCAACAGAUUGUUCCAUGUGCUAUCGAGUCGCACCUCUGGGACGUUAAAUCCAUGAAUUCCGCUGUAAUCUUGCAGCCAUAUUUUUUUUGUAUGUAUCAUGCUAUGUUUAUAUAUGUACCAUAUGAUGUUGUAGCUAUAGGCAAGUGUGGUUAUGUAUGUACGAUAUGGUGUAAUAGUAGCAAAAGGCACUGAACCCUUGAGUGGUAGUGCCCGGGAGAGCAAUUUGUUGAUUGCAUUGAACAGCUAUGUCCGGUGAACAGUGGGAUAAUGUUGAUGCAUUCGGAAUAAUAAAAUUUUAGCAAAUCUCUAA